GGCGCGCACGUGGCUCCCGUGUUGUCGCCGCCGCCGCGACCGCGGCUGGUCCUGGCGGUCACGUGACUGGCCAGCGCGCUUCCCCAUUGGCUGACCACCAAGUGGCACUUGGGGGGGGGAUCACGGCGGGGAGACGCCACACGAAGUAGCAGAAAAGUGGAGGACGGACUCACCAACAUCGCGGAAAGAGGAGGAUAAAAGACGGAAAGGAGGAAUUUGAACUGUUUUGUUUUGUUUUUCAAACGCAGGAGGUGAUGGCCGACAGCCGCGUUUUUCCCGUGUGGCAGGGGAUCGGGGCCGGCGUCGGAGGCGGAUGGAGUCAAGGCUGGGGCCGCUGCUUGCAAUGGGAGCCCCCUGCCCAGGCCGAAGGGGCCUGCCUCCCGGUGUCCGAGUACCCCGUCUGGUUGGUCAUCUGCCGGGGUGGGCGCGCCCGGCUCAGCGAGGUGUGCCAGAGAGGGAGGGGCGCCAUCAAGCUGCCCACGAACAUGUUCGACAUCACCUUCCCGCCUCUUUUCCAUGCCCAUCAGAUUCCCGAGGUGUUCCGCGAGGAAGGCAUCGUGUCCGGGUACCGCCACCCGCAGAGCUCAGUGCUGGACUGCCUCCUCAGCAGCUUCCACCUGAACAACGAGACAGUCAACAUCUGGACGCACUUCCUGCCAACAUGGUACUUCCUGUGGAGGCUGGGAGUCCUGUGCUGCACCACCAACUUCCUGACUGACAACUACACCUGGCCACUGCUGGUCUAUAUGCUGCUCAUUUGCAUAUACCCUAUCACCUCCUGCCUGGCGCACACCUUCAGCACCAUGUCGCAGGAGUCCCGACACAUCUGCUACUUCUUCGACUACGGCGCGCUUAGCCUCUACAGCCUCGGAAGUGCUAUUAGCUAUGGUUGCUACGUGAUGCCAGACAGUUGGGUGAACAGUUGGUUCCAUCAGCACUUUGUGCCCAUCGCCUUUGGCAACUCUUUGUUCUGCACCAGCCUGUCCUGCUACUCACGGUCCUUGGAAGUCUAUUCCCCAAACAAAAGCAAAGUUUUGAGGACCACUGCCUUUGUAGUUCCCUUCAUCUUUGACAACCUUCCUGUUUUCUACAGGCUCCUCCAGACCUGUGGGGGGAGCUCCAGCCCGAGCGAGGAGGACCUCAGCCACUCCUACCAGGUGUCCUUUGCCCUCCUCACCUGUUUCCUCUUCACCUCGCACCUCCCUGAGAGGCUGGCUCCUGGACGCUUCGACUACUUUGGCCACAGCCACCAGCUGUUCCACGUGAGCGCCGUGGUGGCCACGCACUUUCAGAUGCAGGCCAUCAUCGGCGACAUGACCUCGCGGAGGGCGUGGCUUGUGGCGGAGGGAGCCACGCCCUCCCUCCAAGGCACCGCGGGGGUGCUGGUGGUCAGCCUGCUCCUCAACUUGGGCGUCAUUGCCAUCUUCAGCGCUCCGCUGCUCUGGAGGUCAUGCCGGACGCCGCGUGGCGACAUCAAAGAGCAGUGAGGGCGGGGCCUGACGGGAUCUUCUGUGUUAGUCAAACGCUGAAGAUUCAGUGAGCUGGACACUUCACUCUGUGACCACUGGUCGGCGCCAGAGACCUUCUUCUUAGAUGAGUUUCCAUGGGAAUACAGCACAAUAAUAAGAUCACAAUUUCACUCAAAUGUUCUGUGAAAUUGCUGCAAAACACGAGGAAUUCACCACAAAAUCCAUAUCUUGGACCCCUUUUACGUCUUAAAUAUAUAUAUAUAUAUAUAUAUAUAUAUAUAUAUAUAUAUAUAUAUAUAUACAUAUAUAUAUAUAUAUAUAUAUAUAUAUAUAUAUAUAUUAUAAACACUUUUUAAGGCCUAAAAAGUGAGUUAUUUUUUUAAUUAUAUUUUAAUAAAACUAUUUUGUCAUGAGUUUUCAGACUAAUACUAGUAUUUUUAAGGCUUUUUCAGCUUUUAAGGUCAAUAUUUCAUAAUGAUAAAGUUUACGUAACUAACUACCUUUUUAUACAUGUUGCAAGUAAAACACUCAUACACACUUACACACGUUUGUAAUUACUUAUACACACACACACACCUAUACAAACUUACACACAUUUAUAAUUACUUACAUACACACUUAGAUCUUAUACACACACUUACAUUUUAUACACACACAUCUUACACGUACUUACACACACUCAUACAACACAUAUAAAAACAUACUGUACUUACACACUUAGAAACACUUACAUGCACUCACAUGACACAUACACUUAAGACAUCAAAUUCUUACACUCACUUUUAAACACAUAGUGUACUUACACACAUUUCAUACACACCAAAAAUAUACAUAAACUUUUAAACACACUUUUACACAGGUAUAAACCCAAAUUAUAAUUGCACACUUACCUAUUAUACAUACUUACAAACGUAUACACAACAAAGACAUAAACUCUUUCAAACUCAAUUAAACUCAUACUGUACUUACACAUAUGUGUAAGUAUAUUAUACACACUUACACAUAUGUGUAAGUAUAUUAUACACACCUACACACACAACGCAUAUACACUUAUUCAUUAACUCUUACACACACCUUUACACACAUAUAAACACAUAGUGUACUUACACACUAUACACACAUAUCAUAUACACACUUAGACACACACACCAAACAUACAUAAACUCAUAAACACACUUUUGCACAAGUAUAAACCCAUACUAUACACACUUACACACAUUUACACAACACAUUCAUAAACUCUUACACUCUUUUACACACAUAUAAACACAUCCUGUACUUACACACACAACAGAUAUACACUUAUACAUAAACUCUUACACACACCUUUACACACAUUUAACCCACACUGUACUUAAACACACAUACACAUUUCGACACACACACACCAAACAUACAUAAACUCUUACACACAAUUAUACAAACAUAUAAACACAUCCUGUACUUACACACUUACAUAUUAUUUACACAACACAUAUCCACUUAUACAUAAACUCUUCUACACAUACACACUUAUACGGACAUACUGUAUGCACACAUUUACACUCAUACACACACAUGCACACACACUCAUACACAUACACACGUCUGAGUGUUGGUAAGAAACUUGAAAGUGACUUUAGGACUGUGAGAUGUCACGUAAAUAAACACACACACUUGUACACACACACACACACGUGCGAGUGUCUACAAGAAGCUGAGGACAGUGGGAUGUGUCACAUGUUAAUGGAGGGUGUAGAGUCACAAAGAGUAUACACACAGUUGAUAUAUAUAUAUGCACACAUACAGUACUGUAUAUACUCACUAACAGUAUAUACAUACUUGCAGUAUACACACAUACAGAACUGUAUAUACUCACUAACAGUAUAUACAUACUUGCCGUAUACAUAUAGAUAUACACAUAUACAUUUAGGCCGCAACUCAGUGAUAACAAGUUGGUGUAUUAUAUAUAUAAAAACGCUUGAAGCCAGGUCAAGUUGCUAAAUCUUGCUUUCAUUAAAAAAAAGUUUUGUUGCUGCUUGUGUUGUAAACAUUGAUAGGAUUUUUCACCUGAAACGUAACAACAACAACAACAACAAACAAGCUAAAAGGUGCUUUUCCAGGUUUUCUACUUUUUGAUGUAACAACUUGAAUGUAUAAAUAACUUUGUGUGUAUAUCAUGUCUAAUUUAUCCACGAGAUUUGUCUAAUAAAUUAAUAAAAAAGUGA